AUGUGCCAAAAAAAUUUCAUUCCCAAGCAGGGGCGCUUGCCUGGCGCUCUCGGCCCGGCAGGCAGCGGCAGGUCCGGCGGUCCGCUGUCCGCCAGGUGCCUGCCCCACUCCCACUCCCACUCCCGCGCCCACGCCUCCUCUGACGUCUCAGCCGGUCAGCCGCCGCACGGCAGACGGCGGGCCAGCCGGCCCGGCGCGCUGCCACUGUGCUGUCUCUGUAGCACUAAUCGAGCGCGGAACGUGACGCUUCCGCACCCGAACAGUGAGAAAGGACCACUGCGAGAACCUGCAGGUCCACACGACGCACUCCGCGCGCCUCCGUCAGGCCUCCUCCUCGCCCCUCGCCCCGCGCGCCGCCGGGGAUGGCGGCUGCCGGCGCGGCGUUCUCCAUCCGGUACGGCAUUGCGCUGGUCGCCCGGCCAGGCCUCUCUCCUACUGUACCACAUUGUUUGCGCCAAUGCUGCUGCUGCUGUUCAUCUCGUGCCACUGUGUUCAUUUUUGUCGCUGCGACGCAGGGAGUACGCGGCGCGGGCGCGGGCGCGGGCGGGGCCGGAGGGCGGCGGGAGCUGGCCCUUCGGCGGGGACGCGGGGCCGCUGCCGCCGGUGGAGAUACGGCGGUUCCUGUGGUGGCAGGACGAGGCGGCGGCGGUGGAGGAGGAGGAGGUCGAGGUGGAGAGGAGGAUGGCGGCCAAGCGCCGCAAGCGCUCCGUCGCCGAGCUCUUUGCCGCCGUGCCGCGGGUUCCCCGAGGCGGCGGCCAUCAAGGGUCUGGGAAGGGGAAGAAGGCUGCCAAGAGGAGGAAGGCGGAGAAGGACAAGGGAAAGCUAGUGCUCGCUGUCACUGUUAAGACCAAGAAGAAGAAGAAGGUUCCGGCCGGGGUCGAUGUGAGAGAAAAGGAGAAAAACAGUGGGGUAAAGGUGACCUCAAUUAGAAUUUCUAAGUCGUUUCAGCAUUCCAUAAAAAAUAGGGAGCCCAAGAAUUCUUCUUUCAAGAAAAAGGAAAAGCAAGAGGUCUCAGUCUUACUGGAUAAGAAAAGUAAGAAGGGAAACAGAAAGUCAGUUUUGGAAAGACACAAAAAGGAUAUGACAAACAGUGUCCAAGCUCAAAGCAUUUGUAAGAACCUGUCAAAAGCAGGUUUUAGCACAGUACUGAAUACCACAGAUAUGAGGUGUAAAUCUUCUUCCUGCAAAUCAAAGCAUGUUACCUUUUCUGAUGGCACUGUCAAAUUUGGAAGGACUACACAUCUACCUGAAGAGAAUACAAAGCAACCACAAUCUGUACAGACAUUCGAGCAACCCACUCAGGAAGGUCGUGAUCACCACAAUACAGAUGAGCAACAGUUGGUUUAUCAACAAGCCGAAGCUAUAUCAGGGUCUGUUGAGACUACCAGUUCUUUAUCUGAAAAUUUAGUACCAGCUGCUGUUUGCCGUACAAUCCCACUUACCAAACCAAAAGAUAUCACUAUACUGGGCAAUUCAGUGGAUCUGAACCACUGCAUAGAAGCUUCUCAUGGCAGUACCUGUUUGAACUCUGCAAGUUUGGCAUGCUUAUCUAGUAAGGUGCCUUGUCAAAGCUUCAAAGGUGUGGACUCUCAUCUGAAUGGUGACAAUAGCUUAAGUGUUGAUGUCGAGUGCCUUGGAGAACAAAACCAUAUGGUAUCACAAGCAUCAUUUAAUCCUGUUAGUUUGGCAGCCAAGGCAGUAUCAGGUGAUAGGAGCCCAUUGUCACAGCCUUCCGGUUCUUGUUUAUAUGAUAGGAGCAGAAGCACAUUCCAGGAGAGGGCAGUUGCCUUCAGCAAAGUUAGUUCUGAGCUUGUUAGAUCUGGUAACAUGGUGAGAAGCAUAAGCUCCUCAACAGGAUCAAAUAAACCAGCACAAGCCGCUGAUUGUAUAUCUGCAUGCAGGAACAAUCACAACCGUGAUGAUUAUGUCGGCCUUCCUAUUAAUUCACGAGGUGAAUUCGUCAAGAUUCAUCCUGGCAGCACCCCUAAUUCUGUUGACAUUUUUAGGAGGCAGUGUUUGGGGGAGAAAUCCUCAUGUCCCUCAGCUUCUCCAACCAUUUUCAGUCCUAUUACCUGCAUGGAUCAUGUCAACUUGAGACCCAGCUAUCAUGCUCGACAAAUUUGUGCAAUAGAUCAGUCUGUUUUUCAUGCAGAUCCUCAUUUUACUGCAACAGCCCCAAUGGCAUAUAGGACAGAUGUCAGGCAGUUGCCAAAUUCUGAAAGAACAAAAAUUCAUUAUUAUACAACUCCGAGCAACAAGUAUCCAUGCACCAAACAGCAAGAGCUUUCGAUGGAGUGUUUUUGCUCUGAAUGUUUGGGGCAUCAUAAUCCAGAGCAGAAACUACUUGGGAUGCGAAAUAGCUGUCUAAGCCAGAACUUUGGGCAGGACACCCAACACAAUGCCGAAACAACAAUGCGCCUUAUGGGAAAAACAGUUACACUUGGGACCAGCAGCAUUCAUUGUAGACGUCUGAAUAUUGAAACUCCAUGUUCCAGUAAACAAAGUCAAGCUGAAAAUCAGUUCUUCCAGGGAACACGUACAAAAGUUUUUCCACAAUUGUUUCAUGGAGGACUGGUCUAUCCCCCGUCUACAUUUUCAGAUGGAGAGAGACAACCAUCUGGAAACCUAUCCCAUUUUUCUUUUGUUCCAGCAGCUGUACGGGCUUUUGUGCCUGGUACCAGUAGUUUCAGAACAAAUGGUCGCAAUCAGCAACCUGAACUAGCAACAGCCAAUAAUCCUUAUGUUCAGCCAGUGGACUGGCGCAAUGAAAAUGAGCUAGGGAAUCAGCAGCCAGUUAUGGCAAAUCAAGUUCAGAGUAACGCUGAAGACAUGCUGUUGGGUUCUAUAUACUGCAGAAACACUCAAACUGUUGCACCAGAGUCAUCUUUCAAUACAAGGAGCAGUGCCAGAAACUUCAUGGAAAAAGGACCAGCAUCGUACCAGUCCAGUUAUCUUACUCAACAACAGUUCAGCAACAUGGCACCAAGAACCACGGCAUCCUCUUUUGCGUCAGGCUAUGCUGUUCAGAAAGCCCCAGGUCUAACAACUCAAACAAAAUUCACGUCGCUCCGACCAUUGCCCCCUUCGGUCUUCCCUUCCCAGGUUUUCAGCGCUGACUAUGCUCCGUCUCAUGGAGCCGUCACUACCUUUCACCCAUCAGUUCCCACACCAUAUCCAGUGAGCAAUUCUAAUGCUCCUGGCAACGCAGUAUUCGGAAUUGAGAGCAUGAGGUGGACUAUGAUGGGAUCAAGGCCUGAGGGCUUGGAACAUUUGAGGAACUGCAAAAGACCAGCAGAAACGGACGAUUUUCCCAUGACAUUACCAAAGAAACCUUGCACCGCCGCACAGAAGGGGCUACAUGUGUUACCAUUUGCAGAAACAGGUUUGGAGCUCCGUGGAUCCAGACCAGAUGUGCAGCCACAGUCACAGCCUAUCUGUCUGGACGACGAAGAUGAAGCUGAUCUUCGACUUGGAAACACAGAAUCGCAUCCCGCAUGGUCGAAAGCUGUCAGCACUCUGAGACCUGUGAAGCUGAAUCCUGGAGCCAAGCAUGUACAGCAUCCAAGUGCCAACCAAGAAAAUCCCUGGCCUGUGCAUUCGAUUACACCGCCACUAGCCCCGGGAGAAUGAGGCUUCCAUGACGCCAGACGCGGAGAUCCAGUACAAGUUGUAAGUGGUCUUUGUUGUAAGUGAAGCACCUGUAUAAACUGAAAUUGGGGUGCCAAGUCAUGACGUCAAAACUUGAAACAUUCAGUGAUUAUAUAUAUUAUGUUAUCGCGUGCAA